CUCUCUCAAUUAUUUGGAUUUUAAAAGAUAUUUAGGAAACGGGAAUACAUAUUUUUUGUUCUGGAUGGAUUAUAAGUGUUUGCUUUCAUGUCUGACACCCAAAACUUGUCAAAAUCCCAACGUAAAAAAACAGAAACGUGUUGAAAAACGACAGUAGACAGCGAAGUGUAUCUUACUGAUUUUUUGCUCUUGCAUUGGUUUAUUUUACUUGGGCUUUACACAUUUGUAAAGCAAGGAUUUUAAGUUCUCACUGAACUGCUGUAUAUGGAAAUGUGGAACGCCUACAAUACCCCCUCGUACAAAUCGUUUACCUUCGAGUUUCAAUGCUUUUUCUAUUACUAAAACACUUCGCUGUCUACAGUUCCAGACACGCUGGCAUACUUUCCUAUGCAACAGUGUGGUAACUAGCAUGUGGGUAUUAAAUACCUGCACACUUUUAGUUACCGCACCCUGUACUCAGUGUAUAAGAAUUACCUGCACCAUUUUUUAAAGAAAAACACCGAGCUAUGAUACAAUAACUUAAGUCAUCGGGUGCGUAUAAUCAAGAUUACAAACGUAUUCAAUAACCCGAUUCGAUUCGACACCAAAUGUUUUGUGCAAUUUUCUUCCUCGUGCGUAAAGAAUAUUAUUUUUAAAAAAUAUUUUGGUUCUGUACUUUAUAUGUCGUAGAUAUGGAAUAAACUGUGAUACACCAUAUGAAGACUGUUUGAUAGGAAGGAAACUAGAAACGGAAUUAUCUGAAACAUCAAAUCAAUUGUUUUAACAGAAAGGCGCGUCUGAAUAGCCAAAGCGAAUUAUACAGUUACAUUGUAAUAUGAUAUGACACUAGAAUUAUUCUAUUUUCAAAAACGUUCUAGCAAUGGAUCGAGAUCGCAUGCAAUGGGGAGGAAAACUAGAGUAUCUUUUCACGUGCUUUGGAUACACUGUAGGACUGGGAAACAUUUGGAGAUUCCCUUAUAAAUGUUAUAUCCAUGGAGGCGGAGCAUUCAUCAUACCUUAUCUGCUGACGGUCGUGCUUUGUUCAUUUCCAAUUUUAUUUCUAGAAAUGUUCAUGGGUCAGUUUUCGUCAGAGGGACCAAUCACCGUUUGGAAAUUUUGUCCACUCUUUAAAGGAGUUGGAUGGGCAAUUAUCUUCAAUAUUUUCAUGACGAAUGUGAAUUACAUCGUCAUCGUCAUGUAUUCCUUUUACUACAUGCUCGUAGCGUUUGUAAACAUUGGCGGACCGUUACAAUGGCAAGAGUGUCAAAAACCUUGGGCCACGUCACAAUGUAGAAAUGAACCCUUUCCCAAUUAUGAUACAAUUGGGGACGAAAGCCAGAAAAUAAGUACAUUGCAAAAUUUCAUGGAUGAUUCUUGUAUAAAGAGAAUACGGGACACACUCAAUGGUAGUGUCGACCCAGUUCUGUUCAGUGAGUUUAGAGCGGUGUACAGGUCGUGUGAAAUAAUGUACCACUCGCCGGAGGAAGAAUAUUGGAACAGGUUCGUGCUUGGUGUUCACGAGUCUGACGGGCUAGAUGACCUUGGUCCAGUGGUAGGCAGGAACGCUUUAACACUACUUCUUGUUUGGCUAAUGGUGUUUUACUGUUGCGUAAGAGGCAUACGAACACUUGCAAAGGUGAUAUAUUUUACCGCCUCUUUUCCGUUCCUGGUUUUGCUUAUUUUACUCCUCCGCGGUAUAACCUUGGAAGGUCAUGAAAUUGGGAUCAAAUACUACACGGAACCAGACUACGGGAAACUCUCCAAUAUGGCGAUCUGGUCGAGCGCCGCCACGCAGGCAAUGUACUCUUUAGGCGUAGCAUUUGGUGCUCAUAUCGCUCUUGCAAGCCACAACAAGUUCAAUAACAGCGUUUUUCGGGAUGCCAUUAUUCUUGGUUGUGUUAAUACCCUUACCAGUAUCGGCGGAGGAUUUGUAGUGUUUGCGUUCCUUGGGCACGCUUCGUUCACAUUGAACCGACCUAUCGAUACCAUCUUCGACGAUGGGCCGGGUAUAAUAUUCAUCUCCUAUCUACAAGGAAUCUCGCAAUUACCAGGAUCCGCGGUAUGGGCGUUCCUGUUUUUCAUGGUCGUACUAACGCUGGGCGUUGACUCUGUGUUUAUUAUGGUGUGGACUGUUUAUAGAGCAAUCGAAGACGUGUUCCCGGUGAUAUUUCAGAAAAGAGGGAAAUUAAUUCUCGUUGUCAUGUGUGUCGUGCCGUACCUUCUUGGACUUCCACUAAUCACUAAUGGCGGUAUACACUUGCUUGUUGUCAUGGACCGCUAUACCGCGGAUUUCACGUUAACGCUGUUUCUAAUUCUGGAGAGCGUUGCGGUGUGCUGGGUUUAUGGAUUGAGGCGGUUCAUUGCGGAUGUGGAAAUGAUGACUGGAAAGAAAUCCAAGAUUUUCAAAUGGUACUGGAUGGCAACUUGGGGUGUCACAGCUCCAGCCUUUGGAAUGUUUAUAUUUGUUGCUUCUGCGGUUGGAUACACGUCAGUCAGCUACAACGGAAUACAGACAACGGCAGGCGGCGAGGCGUUCGGGUGGAUAUUGAUUGUAACACCGUUCGUGAUCACGCUUGGCGUGGCUGCAUACCAAAUCAAGAAAAAUAAAGGGGUGAAUGCGGCAACAUUUGAAGCCAAAGACUGGGGACCUCGACUAAAGGCAGAUAGACAAGGUCGCUACGUGAAUGAAUAUAUACACCCAAUAGAGUCCAUCAGUAGAAUGAACUCUUACAGAAGUGACACAAGUUUUGGAAUUUCCAGGGGCACGGAGCCAACUUUCGACGAAAACCCAACAGUUAAUGGAGGCUAUCUAAGCUUUGCACCUAAUGGAGUCUCAGGCUCGGGCCCCCUUCAAACUGUUUAAGUUUUGAACAGAAUGCCGUGUCGGAUUCGAGCACAAGCAGCGCCGAUUAUAUUAAGAUACACAAUAAUAUUGCACUGACUGACCAGCAGGGACCGGCUCCAAAUAUAAAUUUGUCUGACCAACUUUUACACGGUGGCGUAAUGGCAACAGUUAAUCCAUUGAUUACUUUCAGUGACAAUCAUUCCCCAUUGUAAAUUUUUUUUAGAUAGAUUUAAGUGUUAAGUUUCAAACAGUUGCCUUCAUUGAUGUAAAAUUACUAUUUUGCUGGUACAAAUGAUAUAAAAUCCAAAUUAAUCUUCAUUCAGAAUUAUAGACGCAAAACAUGUUGUUUGUCUCAAAAAUUGCAUACAUGUACUUAAAUGUUAUACAGUAUUAUGUUAUAGUUUAUAAAACCCCUAGCAAAUAA